CUGUAGAUACUGCAGCAUCUACAAGGCUAAACCUAUCACGAUAUCGUUAUCAAGAAUGCCUAUGACACACGAAUCUGCUAUAUCAGCUUUGCUUGGGUCCGCUGCUCAUGCUGGUAGUGCGCUGCGACUUCGACCGAGACAAGACUCGCAGGCGCAUGUAUGUGGAGCCAGCAGACAAGGAGCGAAUGGCACAUACCAAUCGAAACUAAAUCCCAGGCGGCGACUGUCAAUGGAGGUGGCGGCGACCGUCCAGAGGUGGACACUCGUCCUGCUGCUGCUGGUGUUACUGGCGGUGCUCUUAGUCAGCGCCGAGCUGCCAACUGACGGAGAAUUGUCGGUGUGCAGCACGCCCUGCUGCACGGUGGAGCCCAGCUGCUCCGUCGCCCUGCACGUCGCCUGCAGCUGCAAUGACGAGGAACGGAUCGUUCUCAGGAAAGCGGACAUACCUCCAACGGUGAAAACAAUUCACAUUUCCAACGCCGAAAGAGUAACCAUCUAUAAUGACGCCCUCACCAGUCUGCCGCUCCUCACUGACUUCAGCCUCCACGGUAUCGUCAAUGUAACCAUAGAAAACGGAGGAAUGAAUAUGCAGAGCAGCUGCAACCUAUCCAUGGUGCGCAUGGAAGACAUUGAAAACGUCCGAGUAAAAAGCUGGGCGGUCACUGGAGCCUGGGACCGAGAACUAAACUUUGAGCUGGCCAAAAUAAACCAACUUCAAAUUGAGACAGACGCCUUUCACUACGACUCAGAAACACCGGGCCUCAAAUUGAUGCUGCAGGACAUCAAUAUGCUGGUCCUGGAUUCGAAGGCAUUCUCAGCGCCCAUUGCCGAAAUGGCGCUGAAUAAUGUUCGCAUGGAAGAGUGCCAUGACCAGAGCUUUGGAGGCCGGACUGCCAACACAAUGUUCAACAACGUAUCCAUCGCUAAUGCCCAAACUAGAUGUGUCUUCGGGUCUGAUAGCCGGGCCACGCUGUCCGUACACUCCAGCAGGAUCGAUGUUCUAAGCAGCGAGGCGUUCUCUGGACAGCUGAGGAAGCUGUACAUCAGCAGCAGCGACUUCUUGACAAUGCAAGACAUUGGCGUGAAUCUGCAACUUGUAGAACUAGAAGUCACUAAUCUGUUUGUCCAGCGACUGAAUUCUAAAGCACUGUCAGUUGUGGCCGACGAUUCUAUUCGCAUCCAUAAAAUGCACGUGGAGUCGCUAAAAAAGAACGCUCUCGCAGGUCUGCUUGUCAAGCCAACACCGUCAGGCUUCUGUCCCCCCGUGAAUAUCCACCAGAUGGAGGUCACCGAGGCCGAGCUGGGCUCGCUGACUUUCUCUGAGUGUGCCGAUCUGGCCGUCACAGACCUGAUCGUGCACUCGAUGCCGACAGGUCUCUGUCCCACGGAGAGCCUGACACGCGCGCUGUGCGCCGGUCCCGACAGCGGGCCGCUCAGUCUGACACAGGAGGCGGUCUUCUGGCAGCUGUACGAGCGCAGUCUCUGUGACCAGGACGACCGCCUGCCCUUUCCAGAGCUGGCCGACAGACACCGCUGCGACCCCGGGCUCAUCUACAGCUCUCCGGCUGGCGAGACAACGGUCCCGGUGCCGUCAGAAAAGGUCACCGCUCGGGCCGUGGUUCCCGGAAUCGCGAGAGAUCAAGCUCCUGUGGAAGGAAAAGGCGCUCUUUUUCCAUCCGGGGCAUCGUUUCCGUCGAAAUCGACUCCCGUUGGGGGCGGCGGCGAGACGGACCAGCAGCAUUCCCCGGUGCUGUACCCAGCGCUGGGCGCAGUGAUGUCGGUCCUGUUGGUCGUGGCGCUGGUGGCACUGCUCGUCCGUCUCCGUCGUCACCACCGCGUGAGCGAAACAGACGAGCGGUCAGAGGCGAUUGUGAUACUAAGCACGGAAGCGCUGGGCUUAUGGUGAUUAUAAACCGCUUUCACGACGAUUAUCUGGCGCAAAUUAUAUCAUAUUUGGUGUGAUUUGGUCAACAUAGGUCCAUAUAAGACGCUUUCACGACGGGCUACCUGGCGAACUUGCACCAAAUUUGACCAAAUAUGCACCAAAUCUCUUUUACAACAAAUAUCUUCAUAUUUUGAAUUUAUUUCAGUGUUUUCAUCAAAUAUAAUGUCUGAUAAUUUCAAUACGCAGGCAUAUACGCAAGCAGCUGUGCAACCCAAGCUGAUAACUUUUAAGAAAAACAAUGAACCUAAUUAUCCAUUUUAUCCGUAACUGACUGCUCUUGGAUCAUCUACAGGUGUAGGUGAUCGUUGUGGCAGUGUCACGUGAAAAGUCAAGGGUGUGCAAGUUGUUCUGCUGAUGUAGGGCUUUUGAGAGGCUUGAAUAUCUCAGGAACCUCUGGGGUAAUUGACUUGCGAUAUUUUUUUGUAGGGUAGGCUGGCGGACAACGAGAUAUUUUAAUGAGCUGGGUAGCCAACAAUGUAUACUAUGCCAAUGUUAAAUGUAUAUUGUAUAUGACAUGUCAUGAAAAGCGCUGAACGAAAUAUAUAACAAAAAAGCAUC